AUGGCUACCGCCGCUGUCAGAGUCCUGCAAGCUGCAGCAACAGGGCCUUGCCACGUGUCGCUUCAGAGAAAUACGAUCAAACUAGCGAAGCAGGGUAAGUCAAACAGCUGCGGAUUCAGAAGAUCCAGCAGGUUUGCCUCUCUCUUCGCCUUCCAAAAAGACACAAUUUCCCGUGAGAGACGGUUCACCGCAUUCGCCACGUCGUCCGGCUCGACAUCCACGUCAGAAGCCGAGCAGAAGCAACAACAAGAAUCCACGUCAGACGCCAAGAAACCCGCAUUCGAGGACGUGCCGGAAGUAAUCGACGAAGACGUCGGCGAGGUCGAGAAGAUUCUGGGAAGCCGCGUGGCGGAGGACGGCGUGACGCAGUAUUUGAUCGAGUGGAAGGACGACCACCCGGACAGCUGGGAGCCGCGCGAGAACGUCGCGGCGGACCUGGUGGCGGCGUUCGAGGAGCCGUGGUGGACUGCGGUGCGGCGCGGCGACGACGCGAAGAUCGAGGAGCUUCUGGCGGAGGGGCGCGACGUGAACGCCGUUGAUGGGAAUGGGCGGUCCGGGCUGCUGUUCGCGGCGGGGCUUGGGAAUGAGAAGGUGAGUGCGGUGAUGAGACGGGAUGAGUGUGGGGAUGAAAUGCUGGUUCGCAAACUGCUGGAGGAGGGAGCUGACGUGGCGUGGCAGGACAAGGAGGGCUACAGUGCGCUGCACAUCGCUUCGGGCUACGUGCAUUCCACAAUAGUGCGCGCGCUGCUGGACCACGGGGCGGACCCCGAGCAGGAGGACAAGCAGCAGCGCUCGCCCCUCAUUCUCGCGGAGCAGCUGCUCAAGGCCACUCCCGCUAAUAACCCCGGCGCGUUCGCGCGGCGGCUGGCGCUUGACAACGUGGUGAAGAUGCUGGAUGAGGCGGUGUUUGAGGAAUCCGAGGUGGAUCAGAUCUUAGAUAAGCGCAUAGCAGAGGACAGCACGGUUGAAUACUUAGUUAAGUGGCAGGAUGACUCAGAGGACAGCUGGGAGCCGGUGGAGAACAUAGGGGAGGACUUAGUUAAGGAUUUUGAGGAGGGGCUGGAGUAUGGUGUAGCGGAGAAGAUUCUGGAGAAGCGGGUGGUGGGGGCGUCGCAGGGUGGUGGGGAGGGCGUGGUGGAGUACUUAGUUAAGUGGCAGGACUCGGAUGAGAACACGUGGGAGCCGGAGGGGAACGUGGCGGCUGAUGUGAUUGCUGAGUUUGAGGGGGUGAGUGUGGAGGAGGUGGAGGCACGACUGGGGAAAGAGGGAGAGAAGUAG